AUGGGGGAAUGGUCGAAUGAUCAAACCAAUGGAAGAGGAAUUCGUACAUUUCCAGAUGGUAGUCGAUAUGAAGGAAUGGAAAAAAAUGGAAAGAGACAUGGGUCCGGUACAUAUUAUUUUGCUAAUGGAAAUAUUUAUGACGGAGAAUGGAUUGAUGAUAAACAGGACGGAAUAGGAACAUUUACAAUGCCAAACGGUAAUCAAUAUCGUGGACAUUUUGAAGACAAUUUAAGACAUGGUUAUGGUAAAAUGAAAUAUGCCGAUGGCAAAAUUAAAGAAGGAUAUUGGGAACACGAUAAAUUUAUCGAUCAAUCUUACAAUGGAAGUGUUUGUGCUGUAAUUUAA